AUGACCACAGAUUUUCUGUGUCCUGAGAAUGCUUCCUCCCUCAAACCUCGUCCUCCAACCUCACCGUGUACUUCUUCUUCAUCAUCGGGAAGAAGACAAGCAAGUGUUCGAAAUUUACAAUUUUCUUCUGUACCCUCUUCUCCCUCAUCAUCCAAAAGAGCUUCUCCAACCACAUCAUUAAACAGUUCAAAACCCUUAUCAUCUUCAUCGAAUAGUAAAAGUCCAUCACUAACCAUAGGAACUGCCACAUUAUCACCAAGAAUAACAACAUCAUUAUCUGCACAACAAGCACCUCCAUCACCCUCAUCAGCAGCAGCAAGAAAGAUACGUCUCAAUAUUGAUUUGAAUCAAAUUCAAAAACAAAAUGAAACUACCAUCGCAAUUGGAUUAAAAAGAUCAUCUUCUAAGAGUCAUUCAUUGAACAGCUCCCCAAUUAAUCAUCUCCUCUCACCCAAUUCCAUCCUUUCAAACAACUUAUACUCGAGUAAUAGCAAUCAAUGCACUCCAGCUACAAUGAUAACCGUUACUUCAUCCUAUCGGAGCACAGUAGAGAAGGAUGAUUUGAUGAAAAUUGUACCCUACUCUCCACACAUUCCCUCUCCCAUAAUGAGUAAGGGAUUGUUUGAGAGUGAUGGAUGUGAAUUCUCUCCACGUGAUGCUCACUGGCUGCCCAAACAAAAGAAAACCAUCACUAAGGAGAAGAGUUAUCAAUCGUUGCCACCCCAGGUUGAGGAGAAUGAAUUUAAUCUGAUGAGUCCACGACACAUUGUGGAAACUUAUUCAACUACAAAGAAAAAGUUUACAGAGAUUAAGAAUAACCCAAUAUUCGAUACUGCACUAUUGGAAAAUAAGGCUAAAGUUGCUGAAUUUAAAAGUGAAAAAUUCAAAAUUUUGAGAGAAUUUUGUGAUAUGAAUUCUACAUUGGAUGUUUGUUAUAAGGAAUUGGGUUCAUUUACAAGUUUGGAAAAUCCACAAGAUCCACUCAAAGUUGUGGUUGACAAAGCAGCUUUUGAACAAUCACCAAUUCAUGAACAUGAGGAUGCUCUUCAUAAACGAAGACAACUCAAAAGAAUGAUGAAGAAUGCCAAAAAUCAAAAUAUUGCCAAUGACUAUGCAAGUGACAUGGAUUUGAAAUCUCUCUUACUCAUUUGUGAGUUGAGAGAGAAGGAAAAGAAGGAAUUUCCGACACCAAGGAAAUCACUUCUUAAAAGUCCAAGAACUCCCAGAACUCCAGGAAGAAAUGCCAAGUUGCCACCUCUCAAAUUUUCAGAACAAUACAGAUUAAGCAAAAUAAGACAAUCUAUGGAAGUAAGUGGCACUGAUUCCUCUUCUCCAAUAAGUAAUGGCUCUGUACAACAAUCAACUGUGAUGCUAUCACCUUCAUCUCCUAAUAAUUAA